AUGGCAGCAGUCCCAUUUCCUCGCUCCAACAUUGCUGACCUAACAGACAAGAUAGCACUGAUCACCGGAGCAUCCUCAGGCAUUGGACGACAAAUUGCACUGGCUUACGCGGCGGCAGGAGCAUACGUAGUCGUUGCCGACAUCACCUCAAACCCGCCCGAAGCACCCUUACUCGAAGCAGCUUCCAAAGACCGCCAGACUGACCAGCGCACGCCAACUGUCGAGCUACUCAACACCAAUUGGCCCGGAAACGAUGGCAAAGACAGGUGCAAAUAUGUCAAAUGCGACGUCACUUCACCAGACAACGUAGCAGCCGCCGUCACCUUCACCACAGAGUCAUAUGGACGUCUGGACAUCCUCGUCAACAACGCCGGCGUCAUGCUCGAGUCCUUUACGACGGUUCCGACGCUGCUGCACCAGACAGACGUGGAUCUGUUCGACAAGACUAUGGCUAUCAACGUACGCGGCGCCUGGUUGGGGAUCAAGUACGCGACUGCCCAGAUGCUUGCCCAAACGCCUCACAGCUCGGGCGAUAGGGGGUGGAUCAUCAACAUGUCGUCAGUCUACGGCUUGGUGGGCGGGAAGUACACCACCUCGUACUCCGCGAGCAAAGGCGCGGUGACCAGCUUGACGAGAGCAUCGGCGCUGGAGUAUGCGGAGCAUAAGAUACAUGUGAAUAGUUUGCAUCCGGGGUAUUGCGACACGCCGCUGCUAGAGGCAGUGAGGAGGAAAUAUGGGGGUGAGCAGAUGGAAAAGGCGUGGGCGGGGAUGCAUCCUUGGGGGAGGAUUACAUGGCCAGAGGAUGUGGCGAAGAUGGCGGUGGUGCUGGCGAGUGAGGUGGCGGGGUUCGUUACGGGGCAGCAAUUCGUUGUUGAUGGAGGAUUCGCAAUAAAAGGCUGA